GCCAUUAAUCAGCUGGGCGCGCCGACCGAUGUCGCUGCCAGAUAAUCUGUGGUGUUGCCAGAUAGACGGUUAAAAUUUGAAAUGCGCAUUAAAACAAGACUCAUAUUAUACUUCUUAAAAUGCGUUAUACAAAUACUACUGAAAUUCCCAAACGAUGUCCAGCCAGAAAGAUAUAGAACGUACAACAACGAUUUGCCAAGAAAAUAAUAUUUGCCCUGUUAUUUAUUAAAUGCUCUGCUUUUUAAAUUAAAAUAUGUAUGCUUUUAUCUUGUCAUUAUGAUGUUAGCAUAAAAUGCAUCUUGCAAUUACAAGGGUAGCUGCCAGACCUUAAAUCAUCUUAAUCACCUUAAUUGCAAGAGUGCGCAGAUGCUAACCACCCCACCAAACCAGCAAAGCAGCAGCCCAACACAGCAGCAAUCACAGCAGCUUGUUCUAGAUACUUCACUAUGGGCUAGCCGCCGUGCAGUGUCACAGCUUCCCACAGAUCUGAGAGACAGAGAGCAAGCAGCAAGGCAGGCAACAGUACCUGUGCCUUGUAAAGUACUAUUGUGAGAGUUUUUUUUUGGUCGAGAGCGUUGGCGCACACAAAUCUCUCUCAGGAGGCUGAAAGCUGCAGGCAGCACGAGUAAAAUGUCCUCGUUAGUAACAGAAAACUAUUGACAGCAUUCAGGUCUAAGUUAGAUGCAGAGCAAUAAUUAAUUAAAGCUCAAGCAUCACAGCAAUUUUGCAAUAAUGUCACAGACUAUUGUGAAUGGUGCAAAUAAUGCAAAUAAUAAUAAUAAUGGCUGCAUCGAGGAGAAUGAACCCUACCAAAUCAGCGAUGAUGACCUAGAUGACCUCGACGAUGAUUGCUUGCUGGAGGAGACAGAGCUUCAGGGCGGCGUCAAUAGCAUUGGACGCGGCCCAUACGAGCGUGCUUGGACAACGGAGGCAACACGCGCCCUCAUCCACAUACGUGGUCCCAUGGAGGGCAGCUUCACCGAGGGCAGACAGAAGCGGACAGCGCUUUGGCUGCACUGCACUCGACAGCUGCAACGUCUGGGCUUUCGCUAUAGCGCCGCCAAGGUGCAGAAGAAGUGGCACAACAUACUCAUCACGUACAACAAGAAUCUAAACAAGAAAUACGUUUCCGGCUAUGUGCACUGGGAGUUCUUCGAGGAGAUGUUCAAGUACUUGCAGGGCAAGAAGGCGGACUUUGACAUGCAGCUGCCGACAGCGACUGCGCAGUCACAGCAACAACAGCAGCAACAACAGCCACAACAGCAGCAGACACAGCAACAACAGUCGCAACAGCAACAGUUGCAACCCCAGCAACAACCACAGCAGCAACAGUUGCAGCCACAGCCGAAGCCGGCAACGCCUCAGUUGCAGCUACAGGUGCAACCAGCACCUCAAGCCACGCUGCAAGCGGUGCCCGAGGAUCAACCCUACAUAACACCUGUGGAUCAGGUGUUGUUGCAACCGCAGGUGCAGCUGGAGACCAAGUCGAACGAUGAGUUUGACGAGGACAGCAACAGUUUGUCGGAGGUGCGUCAGCCCAAGCUGGAGUACGAUGCGGAUCAGACUGGCAGCACCACGCACGAGCACAACGACAGCAACAGCAACCAGAUGGCCAUGGCUCCGCAUAGCAAACUCUUUGAGCAGCCGUCGCAAUCGGAUGACAGCUGGUGGAAGGAUUAUUUCGAUCGCAAACUGGACGUGGAGCGUGAGAAGAUGGAGUUGCAGCGCUGCCUGCAACGCGAACAGGUGCAAAUCCAGAAGAUGUCGCUGGUGCAACAGGAGCGCAUCGAGCGCAUGAAGAUCGAUGCCAUCAACAGUCUGACCGCAACCCUGCAGAAGCUCGUCGAGGCCAAGUGUCGGCGUGCUUAAUGCUUUUGCUUCAGCUUCAACUCCAGAUCCAACUCCAGCUCCAGCUUCAUCUGGAGACUGAUUAAGCAACUUUGCAGUAUUCCAUAAGUUCCAUCCAUAUCCUAUAUAGUAUUCGAUGUGUAAUCUGUGUUUUUGUGUAAAUACAAUUUAGGCCAUUUC